UCUUCCUGGUUCUAGGACCUGUAGACAUGCGUAAGUGAUCAGUAUAGUCUUCCUCAAGUUAACGGAGGGUAACUAGAAAAAGGAAAGACAAAACAAUCCUCUGUUGGAUUGUAGCAUUUUAUUCUCUGUCAGCACUUGAAAAAGAAAGAAGACCUGUGGAUUUAUGUACAUUUUGUCUGCUAUGGGGGAUGUCUUUUAAAAGAAACACAUUUGGGUAGUCAAGCAAGAAGAAAGUUUGGAACAAAGUUUUUCAGGAAGUUUCAUUUUCGUGUGUCUCUUGGCUAGAUUGUGGGGGUGAAUUAGUCCCUAUGGCUUUGGUGACUGUUCACAGGUCCCCCUCUAGCAGCACCUGCUCUAGCCCGAUUCAUCAUGUGCAGCAGGAUGCUGAACCUGCUAGAGCAAGAUCACGGCUGCUCAAACGCAGGGAGAGUUUUUUCAUGGUGAAAGGGGCAUUGCUGCUGCUGCAAGAGGGAAAAGAUGACGAGAAGAAGGAAUCGCAUGAUGUCAUGAGUGAAGGAACCGAUGAGGAAAGAGAAGAAAAAGAUGACAAAAAGGAAGAUGGAAAAGAAAGUAAGGCAGAAGAUCAAGAGGAUGAAAAGGACAUCAAUGAAGGAAAUGAGACUGUAACUCUCGCUCCCACCACUCUCCGACGUACUCGUAGCGCCCGAGCUCAGCAGCAACAUUUACAGGCUAUGCUUGCUCUUCUGCGGCCAGAGGACAGCAUGAAACUGGCAGUACAGUUGGAGUCAUCACGGCCCAAUCGGAUUCGAUACUUGCUUGCCGUGUCUACCAAUAUUUAUGCAAGAAGUGAAGAAACUAUUCUUCUUGGAGUUGAUUUCAUGGACAGACUCAGUAAUACCUGUACAAUUGGCAUGGUGCUGCCCAUCUGGAGUGACACACAGGUCUUUCUUGAUGGAGAUGGGGGCUUCAGUGUGAACACUGCCUGUCAAACACGGAUCUUCAAACCUGUUUCUGUGCAGACAAUGUGGUCUGUGCUGCAGGUGCUACACAAGUCAUGUGAGGAGGCCUACAACAACUACUACAUCCCAGGAGGCAGUGCACUGUCAUGGGCAUCGUACUAUGAGAAGUGCAUCAUGUCGGACAAAAGCUGCAUAAAUGAGUGGAAGGCCAUGUCAGACUUGGAGUCUGUUCGUUCUGAAAUACCAUCCAUGUUCACAGACCAACCAACAGAGAGAGAGCUGACAGAACGACUCAUUCGGAAACAGCUACGUCAAGUAAUGGCAACCAGAGACCUGGAAACUGUGACUUCAAGAGAGAUUCGAACCGAGUUGGAGCAAGAAAUGAACUGCAACCUGCAAGAGUACCGAGAGUUUAUUGACAAUGAAAUACUGAUUGUAUUGGCUCAGAUGGACAAGCCUUCUAAAAUCUUUGAUCAUCUGUACCUGGGAUCUGAAUGGAAUGCUUCAAAUUUAGAUGAGUUGCAGCGGAAUGGGGUUGGCUACAUCUUGAAUGUAACACGAGAGAUCGAUAACUUUUACCCUGAGCAUUUUGAAUAUUUUAAUAUACGUGUCUAUGAUGAGGAAACCACAGAUCUGCUGCAACACUGGAAAGACGCCUAUAACUUUAUUUCCAGAGCUAAACAGAAUAACUCCAAAGCUCUUGUCCAUUGUAAAAUGGGAGUAAGCCGUUCAGCUUCCACUGUUGUAGCCUAUGCCAUGAAGGAGUACAGCUGGACACUUGAAAAAGCAUACAAGCAUGUGAAGGAGAGACGAAGUGUUGUUCAUCCGAAUCCCAGCUUCAUGAAACAACUCCAGAUCUACGAGGGAAUCCUAGAUGCCAGCAAGCAGCGACACAGUAGCCUGUGGGGAAUUAAGAAGAACACAACUCAGUCUGAAAGCUCCAGUGACUCAAUGGAGCCCUUAGAGCAGGAACAAGACCAGUCUCUGUCCCCAGAUGAGACAGAAUCACAUUCUCCAUCAUCUGACAAUGAGCUUCCUGUCAAUGGUGGCCCUGAAGAAGAUGAAGUGAUUGCUGUCACUGAUGAAAUGGCACAAUCCCCGCCAUACUGCUUCCGUCCUCUGCGCCAGCUGAGUGUUCUUUCAGAGACUCCCAGCCAAGAUGCUGAAGAUAGUGAGGGAAUGCCAGCUAUCUGUAUCCAGGCAGUGGAAGAAGAUGCCUUGAGGGAGACACCACAUGGUUUGCCUGCUGAUGAAAUAAGUGACCUGGUGGAAGGCCAUCCUGUACAAGAGCUGUCACAUGUAUCACUGGACAUGCCUGAACCACUCAGUCCCCGCAGGCAGAGGAUCAACCUGACAUCUCUGAUGAGGUCCAUUAGCAAGAUGGACAGCAUAGAUGAAGAUGUCUUUAACAGCCCUCCAGCAGAUGGGCAGAAAGGAGAAAACUUCAACAACAAUAACUCAUCUACUUCUGCCACAAAGGUAUCCAUAUUGCAGCAAAGUGCCAUUUCAGGAACUGAGUGUAGGAUUUUACAAAGUGGCUUCACUGAAGACAAGGAGAUAACAGUGCCAUCUUCCAGAAGUAAAGGAGGGCCAACCAGAUCUCCAGCAACAAGGAAAAAGAUCCAGCGAAGUCACCAAGUGCUUAAACACUCAAAAGCUAUUGAGGAAACUGACUUUAAGAGAUUGCCAGAUUUGGGUGGCAGAAAGAAGGCAGUGCUGCAAGGUAAAGGCAGUGGUAAAAUAUUAAAAAAGCAAAAGAAGAUUAGAGGUGAUAAAAAACUAAGUAAGCAGCUGUCCUUCCAACCUGUGCCUGGGUUGGUGAAGAAACAAGCCAAAUUGAUGGAGGAGAUAUCAAGUCACCCAGAAGUACUUGAGGUGAAUAGAGAGCCAUCAGAAUGUUUCAGUGCUGAAUCUGAAAUGGAUAAAGUGACCGGAUCUGUGGAAGUAAGUCAUGCACAAGACCAUGAGCUUUUAAGCCCAACUCGACCCAAACUGGCACACAUGAAGUCCAUUCUUCACCUAAAGAAAGCUGGAUUGGUUUCUAAACAAACAAGGGAAAUAGAGAUCUCUGGAUGCUUUCCAAAAGCAUUGUAUGAAGAUACUGAUUCUCUUCCAUCCAGUGGAGCACCCUGGGGGUCACAGCUAGAAAGUUGUGGAGAAGCAUGGCAUGGUCAUGGCAGUAUAGACCCUGGCAGAAGUGAAGAUAGUGGAUUUCUUCAUGCUAGGGUCACUGUAGAUAAAGUCAUCCAAGGAAAAAACAAGAUAGAACCUGAAACAACAACUGAUGUAACGGAGGUUUCAUCCCACCUCAGCAUAAUGACUGACCAAUGCAAGUCCAAUAUGUCUGAGGGGCAAAACUUGCAAAAACAACCCUACUCUGCAGGACAAUGUGAGCUUCAGACAGAUAACAAAGAUGCGUGUGCCUAUGGUUCUCCUGAGUCAUUUCCUCCCAUUAUUCCUUGCAAUAAUUCUGCUGGAAGCAGUUUGGAGUUUGUUCAAAGCAGAGCUGUAGAUGAUAAGAAAAUUGGGCAGGUAGUCAAAGCAGACAAACCAACAUGCUCAAAAGAUACCAACCAGGAGAUCCCGAAACAGCUGCAGAAGCUUGAUAUCACAAAAGACUGAUAUUUGAACUUGUGUACCUGUGAACGUUUGCAUACCUUAGCUAUACAGAAACUGGAUUUCUAUUGCACAUAAUUCUUAAGAAGGAUGGGAAUUCUGGUUUUGAUCCAAAUAUAAGUAUAAUGUUCAAUUAAAAGGUUUUCCUCAAGUUUAAAUUAAGUACUUUCAGAUGUAAUCUUUGUCCUAGGUCCCAGAUGUGGGCAUAGAUUAGCUUCCAGGUUUUGGCCUACAGGUAGGCUUAGGCUUGGAAUUUAGUCAAGGUCUAUAUUUUGUUAUUCUUCAGAAUGUAAUCUGUAACUUCCUUUAAAACAGAAAAGUUAUUCUAAAAACGUCAUUCUACUGUAGUCAUGAAAAGUACUGGCAGAGUUUUACCUGCUUUUCUCGAUGAUUCUGACUCUGCUUACUGUUUUCCUACAUUUUGUUUCUUGAAUACUUAUCCUUUUUGUGCUUUUAGCAUUAUGUUGCCAAGUGAAAUGCAACAAGCACUUUUAUUUCUUGGGAAAUAAUCAUUUUGAAAUUUUCCAGAUAUGUUUUUAACUUCAUUGUUGAACCCCGUUUUGUUUUGCUCUUGUCCUUCUGACAUUUUGCCAACAAGUUCCACAGUCACCCCAUGUGCAUGCUGCUUUACCUAGUGUCCCUGCAGUUGCUUCAUAGGUAGGUAGUAGGUUAUUGGCCCAAGGGCCUAAGUAAGCCUAGCCAACAAGGUUCCCUGGCUUACACCACCCAAGAAAGUUAUUUUCCUGUGCCCCUGUCAAGCAGAGCCACCAAAGUGAUCCCUGGGGUGUAUUUCCUAUUUCCCAUCCACUUAUCAAAAUUUUUAUAGGAUUGUUUUUAUGGUAGGUCAUCUAGUCUUCUGAUGCUCCAGUGAGACUGGACAAGGAGCCAUAAUCUCCAGUAAGCACUGGGAGUCCAGGAAACGAAUACUUAUUACAUAGAGAUACUUGCAUGUCAUGAUAUUUUGGGGGCAGUUCUGACAUGCACUUGCUAAUUCUUGCAUACACAUAGAUUGCAGCUUAGCGCUCCAACCAUGGUAACAACCAAUCAACUCCCCUUUCAUCCAUCCCCUGGUAGCAGCAUGACAGCACAUCAUGCCCUCAUUUUCUACCCCAGAAUUGAUAGGAUAACAGAGGUGAUCAUUGGCCACAUAAUGCCAACUAACCAGCUGGCUCCCCUGAUAUUUAGGCCAUUUGGAUCACCAAAUUAUUAAUUAAUAACAACCAUCCCAAUGCCAGCAGACAGUAGCUGCAAUCUUUCCAUUGCAUUUUAAAAUGAAUGUUGAAUUUUUUUUUCACCUGAAUAGCAAAAUACUGGUAAUCUUUUACGAAGAAUAUGCUUUAGUUUAGACAGAAUUCAUUUUCAUGUUUAAUGUUUAAAUAUUGCCUUAAGCUUUGUAUCAAGCCUAGAAUUAAGUCUGUAAAUCAGGAUGGACUCAUUUUGGUAUGUUGUAGGUGCAUGUCAACUUUUUUCAUGAUGCUAGUAAGUAAUAUUAUUCACUUUGCAAAAAUGCACUAAACUAUUCAUUGUUUUAACUUAAUUCUGAGUUAAAUCAGUGGUGCAGAAAAAUUACCUCAAUAUUUUUAUUUCAGCACUUUCUUUGCUAUAUGAGUGGUGUCAUGGUUGACCUGUCUGAUUAGUAAAACAAGCUUUCUUUCACUUCAGGUAUUGAAUCUGCUCUGAGGCUUAGAUCUAAUUCUGCACAUAAUGAAGUAUUUAUAUACUGAUAAAGAAAGCUGCACAGACUAAAGCUUUACAUUCUGUGCAAGGAAGUGUAGCCAUUGACGAGCAGAUUUCACAACUGAAGUUUAGGAUUCAUCUUAAAUUCCUUGUGAACAUUUCAGCCCCAAACCUGCAUUUACAACAAGAUUUAAGGCUUGACUUUUCACCCUUCCUUAUUGCUAAUGUAUUGGAAGUCCAGCCAGUGGUAUUGGCUCAAAAUCAUCCUUAUAUUUGGUCUUUUCAUCAGAGCAUGAUAAUUAUUUCAUUGUCAGUACACUGGCGAUUCACAAUAAGGCUGCAUUUUAAGUGCUGGGUUUGAGGUGGAAAGAGGGUUACAGAAGAAUGCAUUUUCCAUGUUCUAAUGCACAACUGGUAAUUGGUCACAAAAGGUGACCUACAGUGAAAGGGCUGCCUAGCUUUACUUCGUUGUCAUUGUUCAUAACAGAAAACAAGUUGCUAAAUUUCAGUGCAUAAGGAAAAAAAUGAAAUGUAUUUUGCCAAGGUGCCUUUGCCAGUGUGUGACUCAGAGCAGUAUUUUUAUGAUCUUAGCUAACCUUACACACUAAUAUUGCCUUUUAUUCCAUUUAGCAGCUUGUGGUCAAGUAUUAUUAUCCAUGGUUCCAUUUGCCACUGUUUGACUUUGAUGAAUGGUCAAACUCACAGAUCUGUUUUCAUAUAUGUGACUUAAACCAUGAUAUCACUGUUGUUUACUAUAACCCUGACUUAAGCCGUAGUAUUAUUCUUAUUUACUAUAAGUCUGACUUAAACCAUGGUAUUACUGCUGUAUACUAUAACCCUGACUUAAACCAUGGUAUUACUCUUGUACACUAUAACCCUGACUUAAACUAUGGUAUUAAUCUUGUAUAUUAUGGCAAUGACUUAAACCAUGGUAUUAAUCUUGUAUACUAUAACCCUGACUUAAACCAUGAUGUCACUCUUGUAUACUAUAACCCUGACUUAAACGAUGGUAUUACUCUUGUUUACUAUAACCCUGACUUAAACCAUGGUAUUACUGUUGUAUACUAUAACUCUGACUUAAACCAUGGUAUUACUCUUGUUUACUAUAACCCUGACUUAAACCAUGGUAUUACUCUUGUUUACUAUAUCCUUGACUUAAACCACGGUAUUAUUCUUGUUUUCCUUCUGUCUGCAGGUAUGAUACAGUGAACAGUGUUGACCAUAUUUCAUCUGCCAGUAUGCAUCUCAGAAGUGUUAACUAUGUCUAUUUUCCUUAUCUGUGUCUUCCUUUUCUUUACUAACUUAGUGAUUAUGGUAUUUAUUACUCAUGAAUAGUUUAUGUACAGCCAAGGGUUCGGUUACCAACAGCAGCAUUUACCAACAGUACUGUUGUUAUCAUUUACCUAAGCAUCUCUGUCAGUGUGCAUCUAAAGUAAUAAUGCUGGCUGAUUGAAUAUUACCUCUGACUAUUUCUGGUAAUGCUAAUAAUCAAGCAGAAUUAGUCUUCCCCCAGUCUGUGGCACAUUAUGAUCCCUUUCCCUUGAAUGCAUUUGCAAGUAUAGCAGUACGGAGGGUGUAAUGCAGUUUAAUAAUGUUACUUCAGCUGCAGAUGAGCAGUAUUACCACUGAUUGACAUGUGUCAAGUUUCAGUAGCACUAUUCAUGACUGUCUUUGUCUUUGUGGCAGGGAGAAGAACUGUCAUGAUACCAUUUUUUGUCUGAUUUAGUGCCCUGCGGUAAUCAUGAUGCUUGAAAACUCAUGAUGUUAUGUUAAAGAUCAUUCUUUUGGCAGCGUGACAAUGAACGCUAUCAAAUAAAUGUAGUUCCCUUUAUUGGUGAGCAGUGCCACAUAUGCUAAUGUACACACUAUGCAGUUAAUGUAUCAGUGUUGCUCACAGUAUAUUACUUAAUAUUAUCCACAGUUCCCUCCUCUGUUAAUAUUUGAUGAAGCAGCAUAAGUUAUAAUCUUCUCUGUCCUUGUUUCAUGAUGUUAUUGCAAACAACUCCUUUCAGUGUGAGUCUCAAUAACAAGUACUACCUAGAUUUCCAUUUUACUGUGGCUGCUUUUUUUUAAUUAUUCAUUACUCUGAUUUGUAGUGCAUUUGAAAAGAGUAAUAAUACCUGCAAUACUUCAUGUGCAAUUAUGAUUCAGAAUAGAAUUGCCUGUCAUUCCCAUGUGAAUCCAUGGCCCCACUGUUAACAUUUGUGGCUGUCUGCUUUUAGACUAUAUCUGUAUUUUCAAUACACAUAGUGUUUUGUACCCGCCCUUGGCUAUUGUCUUAAUGUCAUCAAUGGUGCCACUCAGUAAGGACCUAAUCCUGGGUUAGAUUGUAAUUAAGUAGUUUACUCUACAAGGUUUUACAUAAAAAUGUAACCCAGCAAAUAAUAAUAAUAAUAGCACACCAACAAUUUGGCCAUGGAUAAGCAGUACCUUUACUGCCCUACACCAUGGAAAGUCUAGAAUUAGUAUUUCUCAGCAUUGUCUGCUUUAGGCUUUGAACUGACAGACCCUUUGUCAUUUAAUGAUAACUAUCCGGUGUUAACACAGGACAUUGUUUUUGCCACCUUUGAAUGCUGGCUGUUUUGGAAGCCUGGAUGCCCGUUACUGAUAGUGUCCCCAUUUGGGCUACACGUCUGUUGGUUGCGUCACCCACAUUGUACAGGUUGCUGUAACUGAAAACAUCAUUUCUUGGCUGUAAUAACUGUUUAUUAAUUUACUGUGACUUGAUUUUCGCAGUUGUUGAUGGUGUGUUAUAACAAAGAGUUGUUCCACUGCUAAGGUCCUUUGCUAGUAAACUUAUUUUUAGUAACAUGUAACCUGCUCUUCCUGUCAUAAAAUUACUGUUGGUUAUCACUGCUUUCACAAUGCAGCAUGCAAUGGCAAUCCUUGUCAUGUCUCUGUGAGGGUACAGAAUUACCCUCAGUAACUCACUGAAGUGCUGUGACAUCACUGGGUUCAGUGUAGUGUCUUGGCCAGAUACACAUAAGGUACUCUGCCUCAGCUAGUUUUUGAAUGCCGUUUCCUUAAUAAAUGAAAUACAAUUACCAAAAUGAACUAUGAUGUUGGGACUCUUUCCCCUUCAGUAUUAGAAAGAAAUCACAAAACCUAUUCUGCCUUUGUAGCUGCACCUUUAUCAGUAAUAUAUAACUCCAUGUAUGGUUUGGUACAUUUACCUUGGUUUAUUGUACCCAUCUUGAGCUGCCUUAUGAACCUCGCCCUAUCCUCAGAUGUUUAAACACAACGCUUUACACCUGCUCAUUGUCAUUGCUUCUGACUGUCUGAUAUGCCUGGAGUCUAGUCUGGAGUUCCUUUUGUUAAAUAAAUUUGGUAGCUGCCAAUAUACAGCUUUGUAUGAAAAUGUCAGUAAUAUAUUGCAUAAAUAAACUAUUAAAAAUUGA